GGCUUAGCGUGUCUCUGACGACGCAUUCUCACUACUGUGCUGUACAAAGCUGGAGAAAAAGGUUGUGUUGCCGUGCAUGGGUGUCGCAGUUCAUCUCUUCAGUUCCAUAAUCGGGCAACAGUCUAUUCUCACAUAAAGAGAGCAAAAGUAAUCAUGGCGCAAGGAAUAAAAGAACGAUUUGACAAAUUCCUUCAUGAAAAAAAUCUUAUGACAGAUGUGUUGGCGAAGAUCGAGGCCAAAACUGGAGUAAACAGAUCGUACAUCGCACUUGCUGUCAUCGCCUUUGUUGCGAUUUACCUCGUGAUUGGCUACGGGGCCUCCCUUCUGUGCAACCUCAUAGGAUUCGCCUAUCCUGCAUAUAUCUCGGUCAAAGCCAUUGAGAGUGCAACCAAAGAUGAUGACACAAAAUGGCUGACCUACUGGGUUGUGUAUGGGGUUUUCAGUGUGGCUGAGUUCUUUGCUGACAUAUUCCUUUCCUGGUUCCCGUUUUACUACAUGUUAAAGUGUGCUUUCCUGGUGUGGUGCAUGGCUCCCACUCCCUCAAAUGGCUCCAUCCUGAUCUACACCCGGAUCAUCCGUCCCUUCUUCCUGAAGAACGAGGCCAAGAUCGACAGUGUGAUGCAGGACCUCAAAGACAAGGCCGCUGAGGCGGGUGAUAAGAUCAGGGAGGAAACCAAACGAGCUGCGGCAAACAUCAUGUUCGAGGAGAAGAAGAGUUCUUAAGAGGGGGUCCUUGGGUCAAAAACCUUGUUUUAAAACAGCUUCAUCUCUGAGGAGGACUGUGGUACAAGUCCGAAUAAAUUAAUGUUGCCUUGGAAUUUUUUAUUGUUUAUUUUGUAAACUAACCAGAGGGUAGUUUUCGGUCUCGCUCACUAUUAUGUCUGUAAAAGUAGCCGUACAGUGUUGUGCAGAACCAGUUCAGUGGCUGUGGCUGAUCCUCCAAGUUAAGCUUAUUUUGAAACCUUUCGGACCUUUAAACCGUUGUAGCUACAGUCUAAGCAAAGCCCUUGUGAUGUGUGCACCUUGCUCUGCUGAUAGUACCCAAAUAAAGGAAAACUUGCCGUUAA